CCCUCAGCUGGAGGAGGAGGAGGGGUCGACGCUCGACGCUCGGCAAUUGCAUACUCGACGCUCGGUCGACUCUUCGCUCUCGGCCGGCUGGUGUGUUGUGGUUGUUGGCUUAGUCAUGGCAGCCAUCCUCAGAACAGCUCUCAGACGCAAGCUCAUUAUGCCUUUGGGACGGAUGUGCUAUUCAACAUCUCCGCCAACCACAAAAUUAUUUAUAGAUGGAAAGUUUAUUGAAUCAAAUACCUCUGAAUGGCUGGACAUCCACAACCCUGCAACAAAUGAAGUGAUUGGCAAAGUCCCGAAGGCCACCAAGGAGGAGAUGCUUGCAGCGGCGUUUUCCUGUCAGCGGGCUUUUGCAUCGUGGUCUGAGACAUCCGUGCUGAUUCGGCAGCAGGUCUUUCUAAAGUACCAACAACUGAUCAAAGAAAACCUGACUGAAAUAGCAAAGCUCAUUACAGCAGAACAAGGAAAAACCUUGGCUGAUGCUGAAGGGGAUGUUUUCAGAGGCUUACAGGUAGUUGAGCACACUUGCAGUAUCACGUCUCUCCUGCUAGGUGAGACUUUGCCUGGCAUCGCCAAGGACAUGGACGUCUUCAAUUACCGCUUGCCGUUGGGGGUGUGUGCUGGUAUCACUCCCUUUAACUUUCCAGCCAUGAUCCCUCUCUGGAUGUUCCCUAUGGCCAUGGUCUGUGGAAACACCUAUCUGCUGAAGCCCUCUGAGCGUGUGCCUGGAGCUGCCAUGUUGUUGGCCAAGUUAUUGCAGGAUGCAGGAGCCCCAGAUGGAACCCUUAAUAUCAUCCAUGGUCAGCACGACGCGGUGAACUUCAUUUGUGACCACCCAGUUAUCAAAGCCAUCAGCUUUGUGGGCUCCAAUCAGGCUGGAGAAUACAUCUACACCAGAGGCUCCAAAAACGGCAAGAGGGUACAGUCCAACAUGGGUGCGAAGAACCACGGAGUGGUGAUGCCUGAUGCCAACAAGGAGAACACUUUGAAUCAGCUUGUGGGCGCGGCGUUUGGUGCAGCUGGGCAGCGUUGCAUGGCUCUGUCUACUGCUGUCCUGGUCGGCGAAGCUAAAAGCUGGCUGCCCGAACUGGUGGAAAAGGCAAAGAAAUUGAGAGUCAAUGCAGGUGACCAGCCGGGCUCUGACCUUGGCCCCCUCAUCUCACCUCAGGCGAAGGCCAGGGUGUGCGAUCUAGUCCAGAGUGGGGUGACCGAGGGCGCCAAACUGCUGCUGGACGGGCGCAAGGUCGAAGUGAAAGGAUAUGAAAGUGGCAACUUUGUAGGACCUACCAUCCUUGCUGGAGUAAAGCCUCACAUGAAGUGUUACACUGAGGAAAUCUUUGGGCCCGUGCUGGUUGUGCUGGAGGCAAGCACGCUAGACGAAGCAGUUGAUAUCAUCAACCAGAACCCGUACGGAAAUGGCACUGCCAUCUUCACCACCAACGGUGCCACCGCUCGUAAAUACACCCACCAAGUCGAUGUUGGCCAGAUUGGUGUCAAUGUGCCUAUCCCAGUUCCGUUACCCAUGUUCUCAUUUACUGGAUCAAGAGGCUCAUUCAGAGGCGAUACCAAUUUUUACGGCAAACAGGGCAUUCAGUUCUACACUCAGGUCAAAACCGUCACCUCACAGUGGAAGGAAGAAGACUCUACUUUAUCCAGCCCAGCCGUUGUCAUGCCCACAAUCGGGCGCUAGGUUGACAUUGCUGAAGUGGCAGGCUGCAUGAUCAACACACUUCUCAGUCCUAACUUUAUGGAUCGAACAUGUGGAGAAAUUGGAUGGGAGUGGGAGGGUAAGAGCAGCUUAACCCUGUGUGACUUGAAGAAGCACGUACGCAGAAUUUGAAAGGAGAGGGGAAAUAUUGAUCACUUUGGUAAUUACUAAAAAUCAUCUGUAUUUUUGAUCGGCUGCAAAAAUCAGGCAAUGCAUCUGUUUAUAGAUACAUCAAAAUAUUAAACAAGUGGCCUAAUUUUGUGCCCAUUUCAAUUUGAGCUAUUGCUUGCUCAGUUUUCUACUCGCUCUCUUUCUCUCUCUCUCUCUCUCUCUCUCUCUCUCUCCCUCUCUCAAGCCUUAAAUUACACGUGCCGGGGAAUGUAAUCUAGCUGAUCUUUGCAGCUUGUUGACAAUGUAACAAAGUUAGUUGAUUAAGUAUGUGUUUUGCAAUUGUUUUUUUGAUUGGUUGGUACACAUUAUACAGUCCGAGUAUGUAGAAAAAAAACCAUGUAUGUAUGAACAAUACUUGGUUGUGAAAAGCAAAUGUGACUUUUUAAAUUUUUCCUCUCUAUAAAUGCACUCUUGCAAUUGUGAAACUGUGAUGUGAUUUUGAACUCUAAAGAGCUUUCCAGUAAUGCUAAUAAGGAAAUGAAUAAUUUGAGGAGAGAUUCUCAGACAAGUGCACUUGGGCAAAAUUAAAUGGAAAGAGCUCUGGCAAUGACUCAGUAUUGUUUGUCCAGUGAGACACUGAGAGAUAGAUUGAAAUGAACUCAAGUUGGGACUGACUUGAUGAACCAGGUCCCAUGCAGGGUAAGCAGCAGAGUUAUUGUGAAGUUGGCACGGUUCUGGCUCAUGAUCAGAACACAGCAGCCUCGGCUGGAGAGGUAAGUAAGAGGUUCUGGUUGUAGCACAGACCUGGAUAAUGACAAAGCUUCAUUCCCAUUUUCCUCCUAACCUGCCCCUCUACUUGUCCUACCCUGAAUUCAAACUGCUUCUUGCCUCAAUCACUUUCUCCAUCGUUGUAUUUAGAACAAGUUCUUCAUCUCUCUUCAUUGACUUUUGCACUUUGUACAAUUUUGGGGUGUGGUGUAAUUCGGCAGUCCCCAGACAUAAAAUAUGGAUAAUAUUCAUGCACGAAUAAAAGACAUUUCAAAACUGGGUAUUUUUUAACAUUGCCCGUUAUUUAUCAAGUACGUCUCAACCACGCACAAAUGACUGACAAUUCACUCCCAAAUUUCUGAUAAUGCACUAGCCUUUGUCAUAUCUAGUGGAAGUGGAUAAGAGUGUGUGCAACUGGGCUAUUAAACAGGUAGCGCUUUCUGUUCCUUGUAUAACUAACCUGUUGCUAUCUUUAAGCGGAUAAAGUGAAUUUUGUAUUGAAAGGAAGUAUCUAUGGACAAUAAAUCAGUGCGAUAAUAUGCACGUCAAAAACAGAUAAAACAGUCAAUAAGCUAAUAAAUCAUUGGGCUGUACAUGGGAGCUGUAUGUUCUGUAUCUGAUCAUGUAGAACACUUGCUGCAGGUUGACAAAUUAAACCUUUUAAAACUG